GCCUCCACCCUUCCAUAAAACUAAAGUCAAUUUUAUAAAAUUAAAUCUCGUUUUGCGUGCCAAGUUGGAAACCCACAAAUGAUUCCACUUUCCACAUGAGUUUAUAACUUUUCAUACAUAGCGAGAACAGAGAAGUUUUUUCAUGGCUGACAGACUUGUUAACCUAAAUAGUCUGUCAACUUUAUUCAUUAAUAUCUCGCUUCGCAGGACAGUGUCGUAAUUUUUUCGGCCAAAUUUUUUCAUUUCAUACACAAACACGUCGAAUGAGCCUAAUUUUAUCAAAAUCGGAGGCUGUACAAUCUCUUGCUAUAGAUGCCACGACUAUAAGCAGAAUACAUAUAAAUGAAUAUCAUUCAUUACGCUGUUAAUCACAGGUCACACACUAUGGCUGCCAAAAAACUCAUUUAUCCUGCGGCAGACCGUAAUAAGGAUCCAAUAUUAUCAGUUUUAAAACGAUAUAUCCAACCUGGUACAAAUCAGACUCUCCUGGAGAUAUCCUCCGGUACGGGACAACACGUGGCACAUUUUGCGCCGCAUUUUCCACAAGUUACAUUUUACCCUUCGGAAUAUGACCCAAAACUUCUGGAUAGCAUCGCUGCGUACGCGAAUGGAUACUCUAAUAUAAAAAGCCCCAUUAGAAUUGACAUCACCACUGACUACCGGUCAUGGGAUAACGGUAUCUUCAAACCGAACAGUUUAGAAUAUAUAUAUAAUGCGAACAUGAUACAUAUUUCGCCGUAUCAGUGUACUAUUGGUUUAUUUAACAAUGCGAAUCAAUUGCUGAAACCAAAUGGGUUACUAAUCACCUACGGACCGUAUGCUUUUGAUGGUCAAAUCACUCCGCAAAGUAAUGUAGAUUUCAACGAGUCCUUGAAAUUGCAGGAUCCAAGUUGGGGUUUGCGGGAUGUAACAGUUUUGAAAAAAUUAGCUGAAGAGAAUAAUAUUAGAUUAAUAGAAAUCGUAGAUAUGCCCGCUAAUAAUAAAACAAUAAUUUGGAAAAAAUGUGCUCAUUCGAUUCAUAAGUAAUGAAUCGAAACUCAUCAGGUUUGUCAUAUAAUUAAACAACAAAUUAUCGCUAAUUGUAAGCUUAAAUAUAUAUGUAUAAGUUUAUUUUUAUUCUAUAAAGUUAAAGCAUCACUUUUUUUAUCGCAUAAGCGCGCGAUUAUUACAAAUAUAUUUAAUAUUGCUACAAUAUUAUAUACAUCCUGUAUAUACAUCUUGUAUACAUACGCAUAUAAUUAUUAAAAAUAACUAAGUAAAAAUAUUUUAUAUAUACAUAUACGUAUGUGCUUAAAUUUACGUUUAAGUUUAAAUUUUAAUCCCUGAGAGAUCUAAGAUUUUAUAAAACUUAUAAAAUAUAAUAAAAAUACCUUUUUAUAAUAAAAAAUAAUACAAUACAAAAACAAAUAUAUCUAUAUUGAAGCAUU